CGCGCGCGAACGCCGAGCGACGACGCGCGAGACCGCGACGCGCGGCGAUUCGUCGAUUCGCGCGACGCGCCGGAUCGCGCGACGCGCCGGAUCGCGCGAGAGGACGCGAGAGGACGCGAGAGGACGCGCUUCGACGAGUCGGCACCGAUGCCGCGAUCGCGCGCGACGACGCGCGACGACGACGACGCGUGCGAUGCGAACGGCGACGAUCCGUGCGCGAUGGGGGCGCUGUUGCUCCUGGGGGCGCGCGACGCCGCGCGCGAGGGACGCGGGCGCGCGGCGGGGGCGCGGCGGGAGCGACGCGGCGAAGGGACGCGCGAGGGAGCGAGGGACGACGAUGGAUCGGUAAAAAUAAAAAUCAACGAAAGCGCGCUGAAGAUGAGGCUUGGGAUCAAGAAUGCGGAUCAUCGGCGGUUGAUUUAUAGGUGGACGAACGCGCUGAUUCGCGCGGUGGGGUUGAAGGUGCCGACGGGAUUGGGGGCGAUUGUUUUGCAUAACGCGAAGAACAAGCGGGAGAAAUUCGAUAAAUUUUUGUUGCAUUACUACGGGAAGGAGUCGUUUUCGCCGGGGACGUAUUGGUACUCGAACGCGAACGCGCUGGCAUUUUUUAGCGAAAUAUUUUACGUCGCGACGAAUGGACGCGUGCGGUGCAACGACGACGACAUCAUGCAAAUCUUUUCGAAAUCCGAUCCAAACAGGCAGGCGAGCACGUGGGUGACGUCGUCUGCUACGUUGGAGCGCUUUGGAAUCACUCGCAUGGAAGUUUUGGCGAUUUAUUGCGGUGAACCUCGCUUUGAGAACGGUUGGCCGAAGGGGCAACCGCUUCGCGUGCAGCCACCAAAAAUCGUGGUGACUCAGCGCGAUGGCUCGGUCACCGAUAAAUCUGACUUGACAAAUGUGAAGACAAAUACCGCUCUCGUCGACCCAGGGCGGGUGGCGCUCAAGCGCGAAAGAUCGAAAAAGCACGUCGUCUCCGUGGUUGGUGUCGACCCGCGAGUCACCUCGUUGGGUUGGAAGCGACAGGCGGUGGAAUCGGGACACGCGAUGCAGAGGACGACGCUGCUGGAGCGUCAAGCGAUUGAACUUUGCAAGCACAUCGAGCCGAGCGAAGAAAACUCACCAAUAAUGAUUAUGCCUCUGAUUUACGAUCAGAUUUUACGAGGCACAAAGUGCUGCGGACCGCGAUCCCGACCUUGCGAGAGAAACAAAUUUAACAAACACUACGGUAAACUUCUGUCUACCGACGUCUUCUUGCCUGAAGACGUCGGUGUCGCGCUGAAAAUCAAAGACUCCGCGGUUGAAGUGCAAGAGCUUUUCAGGAAGUUCACCAACGCUUUCCUCAAGCUUAAAGUUGCCAUGGCGGAUUUGGACGAAGUGAGCGCUACGCGAGACUCAGUAUCGACCACGUUAAACGGUGUACUCUCGGUCUUAAAUACCGUGGCCGAUACGAAAAGGAAAAGUGAACUCGAAGCCAUCAUCACCGAGCAACGAGCUCACUUUCAUGGGCUCGAGUCGGAAGUCGCGCGCUUGAAUAAAAUUGUGGACAGCGUUCGCGUUGAGUUCGACAAGUCGGAGUCCGCGGCGCGUCAGCCCUAUUUGGAUAUCGUACGUCGUUGCUACGAGCUCGGUAGUUUGGUGCAAGAUCGAAUGCAAAAGAGUAUCAACGCAACUCUUGACUCGUGCAUGACUGAUAUUGCCGCGUGCGAGAUCAAGCAAGUUGGAGCCGACACCGACGAGCUGAACGCACUGUUUGUAAAACGCGAUUCGUUGAAAAGUCUCAACGACACUUUGCGCGACUGCAAGGCGUGCUUUGCUUUCUCGCUCAAUACGUUGGACCAACGCUGGGAACAGUUUAAACCGAUGCGCUUGUGAACUGUACUUU